CUUCCAAUCGACUGCGGGCCCGUCAAUUUUUCUCAAACGUCAAGCAUGGCAACUACAGUGAAACGAGUUCUGAUCUACGGAGGAAAAGGAGCUCUUGGCUCGGCAUGCGUUACAUAUUUCAAAGGAAAACAAUACUGGGUGGGAUCCAUAGAUCUUGCACCAAAUGAAAUGGCUGAUGCCAAUAUCCUCGUGAAGCCUGAUGCCUCGUGGACAGACCAGGAGACACAUGUAUUGGGAGAGAUAGAGACAUUGAUGAGUGGUAACAAGCUUGAUGCAGUAUUCUGUGUUGCUGGGGGCUGGGCAGGUGGCAGUGCUGCUGCAAAAGCCUUUAUCAAGAAUGCUGACAUGAUGUGGAAACAAAGUGUAUGGACCUCCUCUAUAUCAGCAGCCAUAUCUGCCAAGCAUUUGAAGGAGGGUGGUGUCCUGACCCUGCCAGGGGCCAUGCCUGCACUGGAGGGUACUCCAGGAAUGAUUGGCUAUGGUAUGGCCAAAGCUGCCAUUCACCAGCUAGUCAAAAGUCUGGCCUGUGAUAAGAGUGGAAUGCCGGCCAAUGCCUUGACUGUAGCCAUCCUGCCAAUGACUCUGGACACUCCCAUGAACCGUAAGUUCAUGUCGGAGGCAGACUUUACCACUUGGACCCCACUGGAGUUUGUUGCAGAGCUUUUUAACAAAUGGAUGGAUGGAACUGAUAGACCAGCCAAUGGGAGUUUGAUGAAGCUUGUCACUAAAGACAGCAUCACAGAUGUGACUGCAGCAUGCGUUGGAGUGUGGGCAAUUAUAAAGACUAUAAAGGCAUUAACAAACAACGUAAAAGUCUACCAAAGGAAGAAGGAGAUUUUUGUUAUUCAAACGGAAGAGGAGUGGGAACAGUUUUAUGUCACCUACAUCAAAAAUCAACACAUCAAGGUGCUGGGCUUUGACUGUGAGUGGGUGUUCCGUGGACGUCGACAUCCAGUGGCGCUGUUGCAGCUAGCCACACAGGAAGGAGUAUGUGCACUUGUUCGGAUUUUCAAGUUUCCCACUUUUCCCGAGUCUCUUAAACAGUUAUUAAAUGACAGGAGCAUAUUGAAAGUGGGCGUGGCACCUAAAGAUGACGCCAAGAAGUUGUUCCAGGACUACGGUUUGUUUGUGCGUGGAUGUGUCGACCUGCGGCACAUGCUCCUCCGGGUCCGAGGCAUCUAUCAAUGCUCCAGCAUUGGACUACAGGGCGUGGCUGAGGGAGUGCUCGGCGUAACCAUCAGUAAAGACAAGUCUGUGCGCUGUGGUAAUUGGGAGGCGGACAUCUUCUCUUCUAGACAGAAAGAGUAUGCGGCUGAUGAUGCUAUCGUAGCUGUAGAUAUUUUUACACACCUGGUCCUAGCCAAGCUGCUGAACCGCCGACCCGAGGCAGAUAGCAUGCAGUCCGAGGUGUUCACCAACGAAAGUCGGUUCUGGAGAACAUCUCGAUCCUUAUGUCAGGGGGUGGCUGACUCACAGUAUAAACACAAGCCCAACAAAGGAACCCAGCAUAAACCCUCGCGGAUGUACAAACAGCUGGUGAAGGUGCUGACAGACAGGGAAAAACAGAAUGAAAGGAGUGGUGGAGAGUUCGACGAAGAUGUCAGCAGUGAAACAGAAUAUUCUGAGGAACCAGACCAACAGUCUACAGUACCGGUACAGACCAAGAAAGCUGAGAGGGCCUAUGUGACACGACAGCGCCCCCUAUAUGAUAAUUGUUGCCUUAUUGCCCCUGACGGGGAACUUCUCUGUUCUUGUGAUGUGAGGAAGGCUGCGUGGUACCUAGAGAGGGGACUGGCAGACAAGGUAUCUGAUGAACCACUGACAGUGAAGCUGAGGUUUGAGCCAGCAGGUCGGCCGACCGAUGACUACUACCUCCUAGACAAGGACAACAUCUGUGUCGUGUGUGGUGUGGACGAGUCCUUCAUCCGCAAGUGUGUCAUCCCACGAGAAUACAGGAAGUAUCUACCUCACCAGCUUAAGGAACAUUCCUCACACGAUGUACUGUUGAUGUGUGUUCCAUGCCAUAUGCAGAGUACACAACACGAUUAUGUGAUACGCCAGCAGCUAGCUGAGGAAUGUAACGCACCAAUAGACAAUGGUUCAGGUAUCAAACUUCACCAUGACGAGGAUCUACGCAAGAUCAAGUCUGCAGCCAAAGCAUUGUUAAAAUGUCGUGAAACGAUACCAGCCGAAAGGCGAGCUGCAUUAGAAAACAUCGUAAAAACUUUCUACGAAACUGAGGAGAUCACAGAGGAAUUAUUAAAUGAAGCCGUUAACAUAGACCAUAAGAUCCUAAAUAAAUGGUACAAACCGCACGGAAAGAGAGUGGUGACGUACAUGAAGAGACAUGGAGGAUUGUUCAACUUUGAGAAAAGAUGGCGACGACAUUUCCUGAACUGUAUGAAACCCAAAUUCAUGCCUAAAAACUGGUCAGUGAAUCAUCGCCAUGAACAUCACCGUGACGAUGACGAGAGUGAUUCUGACGACAGUGUGAUAGUCACAGAUAAUGUGUAACUUACACAGAGUACGGUCCUGAACAUUAAAGAUGGCUUCCCCAUGGUUUUGGCAAUGCUUCGUUAUUACAAAUGACAAUUUUAUCAUAAAAAUAUUCAGGUAGAAAGAAAGUUAUCCCUUUACUUUCCUCUUUCAUUUCUUAAUUUCCGUUCCAUAUGUAAAAACGUUUAUUAAUAACUGACCGAUAAACCAGGAUCGUUUUUGAAAUAUUAUUUUUAUAAAAUAGAUUUUCAAACUACGAGAAAAAAAAAUGAAUUCAUAAGCAUUCUAACAUUUAAACUGUCUGUUUGACCCUAAUCAGCAGCUACUAAAGCUUAUAUACAGGUAAAUUGACAUAAAAGUAUCAUCAAAUGAAAAAUGGAAACAUAGAAAUAUUUCUAUGCAUUGGAUGACAGUUUAUGGGGCCGUUUCUCCAUAAGUGUCAGCUUUUGGGUACAGUGACAGUAUGUUCUUCAGUGUAUGCUGAACCAUAUUUUCAUAUUUUAGGGGCCAAAAACUGCUUGAUUGGACUUGUUUAAAAGGUUUUGGUAUAUAUUUAAUGUCAGUUUGUCAUAUAUCUAAUUUUAUAUUUGAAAGAAAAUUCAGUAGACCAAAGCCAGAAUGAUAUAAACUUUACUGAUUUUACAUCAAUUAUGAAAAAGUUUUUUCCAACUUAUAAAUAUAAUGUAUAAACCACUCUUGUUGGCCCACUGAGAAUUGAACCCAAUGGUUUUAGUGAAAGGCAAGGCAGUCAGAAUUAUAUAAAUCAGUUUCAGGUAUAGACAGGGCCCAUGCUAAGUAUCUAUUACAAAGCUAACAUUUGCUGAAAUAACUAUGGCAUGAAACAAUACUGGUGCAGUUCAUUACACUAACUAAAAGGUAAGUUAUGGCCGUGUUUGUGCUAGUUGACUACAUGUUAAGGCGAAGGUAAACUCAGCAACCCUUGUAUUUCAUAGUAGACCUACCCUUCAGAACAGAAAGACACUGUAUAACCCUGGUAGGCACCUACCAGAAUGGGAUUUUGAAGGAUGUCAAAGCACAAUAAGAAUGUUUCUUAUAUUGUACUCUUUGCAUGUUAUUUAGUCAUUUUUAGCUAAAUACCUGAUCGGAAGGCCCAAGUGAAGCUUUGGCAGGACAAAAAGUGUUAAUCUUAAAACACUAUGCCAUAAGAAUAGAAGAAAUUUGACUUAAUUUUCUUAAGCCAAGAUAAUUUAACCUCUAUGUAACUUUAGUAGACUCUACAAUGCAUUGAUCUGGAUGAGUCCAUUAUGGUCUACAGAGGUGAAAGGGUUAGAUAGUAAGUCUGAAAGUCUGAAAUAAGGUGAAAACAUUUGUUUAUGUAAUUUGCAUAAUUAAAUCGAAUUGCAAGUGUGAUGUAUUUCAUAAUUUUGUAUGUAUAUGUGUGGAUAUAUACAUGUACACUGUGUUGGCAUCCAUUAUUGCGUAAAAUGUUUAUCUAUAAUGCUUGGGUCAGAGCUGUGUAAAGGGAGGCGACUCUGGAGUCCUUGGGCAUAUUUGGACUAGACUCCCAAACUACCGGGCGGAUUUCAGCCUCACUUCAGAAAUACUCAGAUGAGUGUUGAAUAGCUGUUGGGCCUCUUCUGUUCGUAGUUUCAGUGUAGGUUCGAUUGACAUCGUCAUUUAUGUCAGUCAUUUUCAUUUGCCUAAUUAUGGAAAUAGAAAAACAGUUUUUGAUGAAACUGGUGGUAAAGACAGUUUCUGAUGAUUACUGUCGUUACUAGUUGGGAACAACAAACAACCAGGAUGACUGGUGUCAUAUGUCUGAAAUGUGAAUACUUUCGUUACCAAGGUGCUAAUGUCUACUUUCAAUUUUUUUUUAGGAUCAUUUCUAUUUGUUUUGGCUAAGUUUUAGGUCAACAAUUCUACGUGUUUAAGUGUUUUAGCAUGUUCUUUACUUGAGAGUUGCGCUACACUUGUUGUGUAUUUCUACUGUAAAAUGCUACCUUAUGAUGUUUUCCGAUUAGCUAAGACUUGAUUUCACUACUAUUUACCAGAUCAAUUUUAACCUUACAAAGUUAAAAUGUCGUGUCAUUGCCCAUUUCAUGUGGAGUAGAGAGAAAUUCUAAGAUCCUAUAUAACAAAAGAAAACGUUCAUAAGUGAUAGGGGUUACAGCUCUUGUAAAAGCUAACAAUAGGAACGCAUAACUGAUAAUGAUUGAAGUACUGAAAAUCAACAGGAACUCAUUUUUAACAUUGAUACAUAUAUUUUGGAGUAAGUGCUUCUGUAUAUUAAAAAAAUCAAAAUUAUAAUUUUGUUUUAAAUCUUAUUUAUACAUACAUGUAGUCUUUGAGUUGAGCUAUUGAUUGUACACAUCCCAAGCCAACUUCACAAACAGUGACACAUACGGAAGGGAACAUGAUUUUCACCAGUGAUAACACUUCGAUAUACGAUAAGAAGAACGUAGCCCGAAUCUGCAGCAAAAAGUUAAUCUGAGGUAGUACGUUGUCUGAAAAUGCUGAAGAAGACGGG